UGUUAGGAGGAGUAAGUGAAUUUGAUUGUCGUCAGAACUAGAUUGCCAUAUGAGUUCUGAAAAGCAUUUGGCUCCUGAGGAUAACUGCUCUAAAAAUAGAUUUGGAGGAGAGGUUUUUCUUGGGUCCAGUUUCGGGUUCCAGCUGAGCUGACUUUAGGAAACUUGUUUGCUCCUGUUGCAAGACUACAGUGAGGACAAAUCGUUUCUUAUUCUGCCUUCAACAUUAAUUUUUGGAGAUAUCGACACACUCGCUCUGUCUGUGGAAAUCAAGCACUAAUAUUAUGGCUGACGACACAGAGGCUAAGCAUGGAGGAAGCAAAAAUGGAAAGAAAGACGGCCUCUCUGGAAGCUCAUUUUUCACCUGGUUUAUGGUAAUUGCUUUGCUGGGAGUUUGGACAUCAGUAGCAGUUGUCUGGUUUGAACUUGUAGAUUAUGAGGAAGUUCUAGGCAAGCUUGGGAUAUAUGAUGCUGAUGGAGACGGAGAUUUUGAUGUGGAAGAUGCUAAAGUAUUGCUAGGUGAGGAGCCAGGAGGGGUAGCCAAGAAAAAACCUAAAGUCAAAGUAAAAGAAGCAAUUAAAGAACCACUCAAGAAAUUAAAGGAGAAGCAGGAAUCCAAGAAGGACGAAAUUAAAGAUGAGGAAGAAAAAAAGAAAGCCAGGAAAGAAAAAGAUGCUACUGGUCGAAAGGACAAGAAGGCUGUUGAUGUGAAUAAAUUAAAGAAAGAUUCUGACAAGGCUAAAAGAGACAGAGGAAAGGAAAAGGAAAAAGGCCUAGACAAAAAUGUAAAAUCCAAGGAGACUACAAAAAAAUCAGUCAGUGAAAAGGAUGGUACUAUUCAGGAAAAGGAACAUAGGAUUAUAGGAGAAUUCUGUUUGGAAGGACUUCAGGAGAUCCUUAUUCAAACAUCCUACUCAAAACAAGGUCAUCUCAGAGGCCUUAAAGAAAGAUCUGUCCCAGCACAGCCAACAUCACCAGAAUCUGAGGAGACCAUCCAGCCUGCUGAGAAAUCAUAUGUUGAAUCAGAGCACAAGAAUGCUGACAUAGACUUGGAAGAGGAAAUUCGAUCUGUUCUUCAUGAAGCUCUCCAUUCCCAGCCUGGAGAGAGACAUGAAGAUGUAGAUGAAAGUAUAAACGACCAGUGGCAAGUGAAGGAAGAAACACAUGGAGAAACUUUUGAACCUCCUAUGACAGAUGACUUGCUCAGAGAAUUAGAGAAUGAAAUGCUAGAAGCGUAUGAGACACCAGACUCCAUUCAGAAAGAUGCAGAUCUUUUGACGGAUGAUCUUGGAGCAACAGAGGCUGAACCAUAUGAAGCUCCAGUUUCAUAUGAGUAUGAUAUGGAUGUGGAAAAGACAGAAAGUGAUCCAGAAGCUCCAGGUGACUCUGAGCUAAUGCUAGAAGAUGCUGUUGAACAUUACACAGACGAUAGAGUGCAUGACAGUUAUAAUGAAGACUAUGAUGAAAUUAUUGAAGAUUUUGGUAUUGAUAAGGAGCUGUCAGAAAGUAAGCAUACAGAAGAUGUUGUGGCCACUGAACCAGAGGAAUCAG